AUGCCUGUCUUCCACGUCGUCCUCUUCCGCUUGAAGCCAGGUGUUGCACCUGCUGAGCUCGAGGCCUGGGCCCGCUUGGGUAAAGGCAUGGUUGGCAAAAUUCCAGGACUACUGGAGUUCCAUGCCAACCCACCGGUGGCGAUGACCGCCUCCCGCGCCAAGGGCUACAAUAUGGGCUUGGUGGCUAUCCUGGAGAAACCGUCCGAUUUGCAGGUCUAUGCAACUCAUCCAGCUCACCUUGAAUUGCAUGAAAUGCGCGAGCAAUUAUGUGAGGAUACUUUGGCAUACGAUCUGGAGUACUAG